CAGUUGCCGCUCCUCCCGGGUUGCCUCUAUUUCCCAGCAGGCACUGCUGGGAUGCUACUGGUUCUGGUGUCGGGGUGACGUGUGGCUUAGUAAGUCCUGUAUCCGUGGCAGCGGCUGGUUGCGGUUACCGGAGAGAACUUCCCGCCGACAGCCAUCUGGGCCGCAGCGCGCCAAGACGGGUCGGCAGCUAAACUGCUCCAGGGCAGGCACCAUGUUGCAUUCAUCUUUACACCCCAGCAUCUAGCAGUGUUGGCAUGUAGUAGGCACUCAAGAAAUGUAUGUUGAAUGAACGAUGCCUGUGACAAGCAAUUGGACUUUAUUCUUUCCUGACCCUUGCUCCUAUGACAUACCUCCUGACUGCCACUGUCACCCCUUCAAAGCAGAACUUCUCUAGGGAGCCUGGAAGGGAAACAGCUAUGGCCAAGGACAUCUUGGGGGAAGCAGGGCUGCACUUUGAUGAGCUGAACAAGCUUCGGGUGUUGGACCCAGAGGUUACCCAGCAGACCAUAGAGCUCAAGGAAGAGUGUAAGGAUUUUGUGGACAAAAUUGGCCAGUUUCAGAAAAUAGUUGGUGGUCUAAUUGAGCUUGUUGAUCAGCUUGCGAAAGAAGCAGAGAAUGAGAAGAUGAAGGCCAUCGGUGCUCGGAACUUGCUCAAAUCCAUAGCAAAGCAGAGAGAAGCCCAACAGCAGCAACUGCAAGCGCUAAUAGCAGAAAAGAAAAUGCAGUUAGAAAGGUAUCGAGUUGAAUAUGAAGCUUUGUGUAAAGUAGAAGCAGAACAAAAUGAAUUUAUUGACCAAUUUAUUUUUCAGAAAUGAACUGAAAUUUUCAUUAUUUAUAGCAGGAAGGCAAAAAAAAAAAAAAAAAAAAAAAAAAAAAAAAAAAAUUCCCAAAAAAAAUCAAACAAAAUAACCCUUUGUACUAUUCCAGUGACUGACUGAUGACCAAGUAUGUAAUGUCAGUGUAAGGAGGCAGUAUUCCCAUCUGGGGUACCUCUGGGGCAACUGGUAAACAGUGUCUGGCCACUGCUAGUGGCAGGGCAGAGCAGGGCCUCACCUCUUGCAUUCUCAGCACAAACUAAACAGCCUGUAAAAUUUGACCCAUUUUUUUUUUCCCCUCAAAAAGCUCUCAAUGAAAAGCAAUAAAUACCCUUUGCAAA